AUGGGACCACGAAGGAAGAAGGCAGAGACCGAGAAGUUCCUCUUUGUCAACACCACAGAUGAUCUCCGACAAACUCGAACGCAACACCGACAUCGCGUUCACUCCCACGUGAGCCAGUAUAGAUGGCACCUGAAUCGUGAAGCUAGGCCUGAGGCCCAAGCAAGUAAUGCAAAUGCUACUAAGGACGAAACCCCCGCAAACCAGUUUUCGUCUCAUCAGGUCAAGGAGCAACCCGACACCCGAAUGCUUGCAACUGCUGGCUUAACGAACCUUUUAAGCAACGCAUCAAUGGAGCCGAUUUUGUCCUAUUCAGAUGAUUUCUACCACACCCAUCAGGUGCAGGAUGCUAUGUCUUACGGUGCGCAUAUUGUAGUUCAAAAAACCACUCGCCGACUGGUACCGAUAUAUCUAACUUGGCUCGUAGCAUUCAGGACCAUGUGGCCGGGACUCCUGCUUCAGGAGAACACUGGAAUUACAUGGGUUCCUGCAGCCACCGCCGACCCCGUACUAUUCAGUGCUUUCAUGUAUGGAGUCGUAGUACACAUGCAGAGUCGACUGAUCGACGCCACGUUAUCAGACCACCAUCAGCAAGCAGCCUGGCAAAUCAACAAUGAGACGAUUCGUCGGCUUUAUCGGAGCCUAUCUGACCAGGCACGAGCCAGCAGCGACGGAGCUAUUUUCGCCGUCCUGACACUUGCAUACAGUGCGCAACUUCGAUCGGGCCCACUGAAUCCUGAUCCUCAGCCACGCCGACCCCUGCAAGACUUGCAGUGGUUGACGGUGUAUAGUUCGCUAGAUACCAAUUCGGUGCAUGUUCAAGGGUUGAUAGCCCUCUUAGAGUUGAAAGGAGGCCUUGAGCAGAUCCCCCUCCCCAGACUGGCUCCUCUACUAUCUUAUUUAUGCAUGCUUCGCUCCAGCAGAAGCCUACAGCAGCCUGGUCUACCAUUCUUUCCUCUCUCAGAGGAGCAUUUGAAAAUGGAGUCAAUCAAAUACGCACACUACGACUUCCAGAACAACGAACUACUUGCAAAGAUGCCUCCACGCAUGCGUCAUAUCAUUGGACGAAUGCAUUAUUACAAUCAACUUAUCGCCUGCUACCUAGCCGGUAGUAUUGAAACACCACACAUGGCCAUCUUCGCAGACCAGCGAAAUUGGAUCCAGCGCUCUCUUCUCGAGCUUCCAUACUUCGAUGAGGUUGUCGUAGAACCAGACGGUCCAUUUUCACGAUUCGAGCACGAAGCUGUUCGUGCCAGUCUGCUUUUUUAUAGUUACCUAGUUAUCUUUCCUAUACCCUUUGCUUAUGGCCCUUAUGAUAGACUGAGACAACUGCUGACGGGGAUUUUAAUGGAUGAGGGUGCUCAGAAUCUUCCUCAGCCAUUUUUGCUAUGGGCAGUUAGCCUUGGUGCUAUAUCGGAGAUUCAAAUUCUUGGCCACCUUCAAGACAGUCAACAGUGGUUCCUUAACAUGUUGAAAGAACUUAUAUUGAAGAUGGGAAUGUCUAACUGGAACGAUUAUAAGUCCGUCGUUCAGUCUGUGAUGUGGCAAGACAGCGUACUUGAUCCUUUCAUGCAGCGGAUCUGGCUGGCACAUAUUCUGUCGGUUUGA